AUGGCCGAUUUCACCACCGGAGAGGAAGCUGCUGCCAAAAAGGCCUCUAGAUCUUUCAAAAAGUACUCUUACCGAGGUGUUGAGCUUGAUCAACUCCUCGACCUCUCCAAUGAGGACUUCAUUGAGCUCGUCCACGCCCGAGCUCGAAGAAGGUUCCAAAGAGGUCUUAAGAGACGACCCUUAGGUCUCAUCAAGAAGCUCCGAAAGGCCAAGAAGGAAGCCGGACCUAACGAGAAGCCCGCCAUGGUCAAGACUCACUUGCGAGACAUGAUCAUCGUCCCAGAAAUGAUCGGAAGUGUUGUCGGUGUCUACAACGGUAAAACUUUCACCACUGUCGAAGUUAAGCCUGAGAUGACUGGACACUACCUCGGAGAGUUCUCUAUCACCUACAAACCCGUCGGUCACUCUCGAGGUGCCAACAUGAAGGACUCUCGAUUGUGA